AAAAAAAAAAGAAAACAGAAUUGGAGGAAAGUAUCUUGACAUGGAUAUCAAAGUUACACUCUUGGUUGUUGUAGAGUAAGCUGACCAAACUCAACCACGAGCACAGGGACAUGAAAGAGAAGCUCAGGGAGGAGCGGAAACAAACUGAGGAGUUGUGGAAGAGCAAAAGUGAGCUGGAGGAUGAGAGAAGGCUGCAGGACAGGACAGUCGAACAACUUCAGAGAAAGAUGAAUAGCAUCAUGGAGGACUGCGAGGCAUCUACAGAUGUUCUUCAGAGCCAAGUCGACGAGGCCAAAGAGAAGAGUCAGAGGGAGUUGGCCGAGCUGCGCAGACAGCUGCAGGAAAAAGGAGCUGAGCUGGAGAAAUCCCGACUAGCAGCCAAAAAGCUUCAGGAUGAGCUGCUUCCUCUGGAGGAAGAUCUGCGGAGGUGUCACAGGGAGCAUCAGGAGGCCCAGUCCAAGGCCGGGCAGCUGGAGCAAAGAGUGGAUGAGCUGGAGGAGAGGAACGCCACCACGGUGGAGGAGCGCGA